UCAAAAUGAAUUGUGCAUGGUAAUGGUGAAGACAGCUGCGCUGUUCAAAUGGCGGCUGCUUUGGAUUUUCAAUCACCAUAUAAGUCGUUGCUCUCUUGAAAACUCAGAAGGGUUUGCACAAUUCGUCAAGAAGAUAUCUGGGUCAGUCUCACCUCUCUCUUAGAUAUAACUGCGUUCUACGUAUGCUUGCUAAAGGUGGCGAACCAGCGCGACUCAGAUAAGUACAUCAAGUUUCCGGCUCAAAACAGUGGCGGCGGAGGCGGCGAUGAAUUAGAGAGAUUUGGUCAAGAAUUUGGAAUGCCAGGAUUACCACAAACACAAGAAAUGGAUCAGCCGAUACUUCAUCCAGGUGUAACUGUGCCGGAAUCAAUGUUUUCCGAUUACCUGAACACGACGACAGAGACGUCAGCGAUCGUGUCGGCGCUUAGACGCGUGGUUUCUGGCCAGACAGGCGGUGGCUUGGGGCAUGGGACAGGUAUGAGCGGUGCAGUGACGUCAAGUUUUGUAGGGGGUUAUUAUUCUCCAUCUCCGUCUCCACCUUUGUCGGCCUACUCUUCUAGUACUUCUGCCUCUGGUUUCGCCUCUGCUUCUGGCUCUAGCUCGUGGGCAGGGCAGAAGAGAGGGCGUCAACAAGUGGGUGCUGCUCCGUUGAUCGAGUCUAUUAAUCCAAGGACUGUUAGAGGAUCAGCUUCCAUUGUUGAUUUCAGAGGAACACAGGGAGGAGGAGGAGAUCGAGAAUCAUCAUCUGGUGUAACUGCAGAAGAAGCCUCAAAUAUCUUUGGAACAACAGCCACCACCACCACCACCAACACUACAGUCCCGGCAACACCAUCAAGCGAAAAUGUUUCCCACGAAGAAACCGGAGAGAGGAGGAGAAGAUACAGAGGAGUGAGGCAGCGGCCAUGGGGGAAAUGGGCAGCAGAGAUACGUGAUCCCCAUAAGGCCGCAAGAGUCUGGCUUGGCACAUUCGACACGGCCGAGGCCGCCGCCAGAGCCUAUGAUGAAGCCGCCUUGCGAUUCAGAGGUAACAGAGCCAAACUCAAUUUCCCGGAAAAUGUCAGAGUUGUACCGGCUGUCCAAAACUACUCCCCGGCGGCCGUGACGUCGGCCUCGUUAUCCAUUUAUGACUCUCCAGCAAGCCAGUUGCAGCUGACCCCACGACAGCAGCCAUUAUUGCAGCCACAAUCCUCUCAUCCUCAACCUUACCAGGGCUCUUCUGACAUUCUCAGUGACUACUUACAAUACUCCCAGUUGCUCCAGAACACUGCAGACUUUCAACCUGGACAGCAGCCGACAACUUUGAUGGAUCAGAUGUUCUACACUUCUCAGCUAGCUUCUCGUCAAUCCUCAUUUUCAUCUUCGUCAUCUGUAACUCCCACUACUUCGCUUGCACCCUCUGGUUCUUCAUCCUCUGCUUCAUUUCCUCUGUUUUCCGAUCAGCAACUGUUCUAUUUCCGACCCCCAGGAAAUCAUAAUCCAAGCGGUGGUGAAAGUUCAGAUUUUCCACCUCCGCCGCCGUCCUGAUCAGAUUCCGUACACGAUCCUAGCUCCUCCAGCUAAAUGUGACCAUAUUUUUUUUCCCAUUCAAAUAAUUACUAUUUUUUUCUGGCUUUUAGUUUUUGAUUUUCAAUGUACUUUGCAUUAUUAGCACAUCGUUUUUUGGUUUUACGUAUUGUUCCAUUGUUGUUGUAAAGUAUAACAAACUACAUAUUCAUAUAAAUAAAAAAAAAGGAAAGGAUUUGAAUUGCA